ACGGAGCUCGGUCGUAAAUAGUAGAAUAUGCUGCACAGCCGUGGUGUUUUGUAGUUUAUGUUCACAGGUCGUGUUUAUUUUUAUCUUAAAGGGUAAUCAUCGUACUCUGUUGAUGCUGGAUCAGGUUUAUGAGAAGCGCUCCGCUGUGUUUUUGGAUGCGCAGUGCGCUUUGCUCCCGCUGCUGACUGGGACUGCUGCAGAGUAAACAACACUGUUCGAGCCUGCUGCUGUCUGUGGACCAAAAGCACAACGACACAUAGCCAAUGAUAGUGGACUCUUCAUCUUAAACGAGAACGUGUAUUGUCAUGAAUGCUCCAUGUUUUUUUUCAGUGCAGCGGAGGAACUGGCUUUCUUUUUUUAAUCAAACUGUCAGUCUGCACAUCUGCUACCUUUAAGAAACAACCAGAUGCUCAUUACAUCGUUUGAGUAGUUGCAUGUAUUUUGCUGCUGGGGAAGUAUCGUCUCCUUGAAUUUCGGGAAAAUGAGCGACAACCAGGAAGCAUCAGAUGCUGAGGACACGACACCGUCCGAGAGCGCGACCUUGCCGCUCCGGCCGCACUCCGACCGCCCCACUUGCAACAAGACCGGCGUGUGCUCCCGCUCCUACUUCGUAGUAGUGAUGGUGUUUUUUCAUGUAUACAUCAUCAAUGUUAUUGCACUGCUGUUUUACGUGCACUACAAUAGCGGGCAGGAAGAUACCAGCCAGGGUCGUGAUGCUCCGAGCAGCAACCAGCAGCAGCCCGAGUCGCCACGUCCGCCAUCAAAGCCCGAGUUUCUGCGCGUCAGUUCUCUGACAAGGAUCGAGGGGAUUAGGGUGGGACACGUCCAAAAGGUGUCACUGAUGCAAAACAAAGUGCAUGAAAUGAGGACUUUGAGUAUGAAACCUCUGCUUUUUGAGAUCCCUGGGUUUUUGUCGGAUGAUGAGUGCCGUGUUGUGAUGCAGCUUGCACAGCUAAAGGGUCUAAUGGAGAGUCAACUGAUGGUGCAGGAGGGUCAGGAAGAGCUGGCUAAGGAGCUCAACCUCAGUCCAGACGAGAUCUUCAACCUUCUUGAUAUCAACCAAGAUGGACAGUUGCAGCUUCAUGAGAUACUGACCCAUUCUCGAGUAAGGGACGGCAUCUGGCUCACACCGGAGAAUCUGCGAGAAAUCUAUACUGGUCUCAAAGCUGACAAGGAUGGCGAUGGUUUGCUGAGUCUAGAAGAGUUCAGGCUUCUGAGCAACGAUGCCUUCCAGCGCUUCCUGCUGCAGCGAGGGGUGAAGAGGAGUCAGCUGGUGAGGAACAGCAGACACACGUGGCUGUAUCAGGGCAAAGGAGCACACCAGGUCCUCCAAGACAUCAAGACAAAGGUGACUCGCCUCACUCGGCUCCCUCCCUCAUUAGUGGACCUCAGUGAGCCGCUACAGGUGGUUCGGUAUGAGCAGGGAGGACACUACCAUGCCCACCAUGACAGCGGCCCUGUGUAUCCUGAAACUGCCUGCACGCACACACGUCUCGCGGCCAACAUCUCCACUCCUUUCGAGACGUCUUGCAGGUACAUCACAGUUCUCUUCUACCUGAACUCUGUUGAGGGGGGCGGGGAGACCGCAUUCCCUGUGGCAGACAACAGGACCUAUGAUGAAGUGUCCCUCAUACAGAAUGAUGUGGACCUUUUGGACACCAGAAGGAAUUGUGACAAGAGUAACCUGAGGGUGAAACCUUCCAAAGGGACAGCUGUUUUCUGGUACAACUAUCUUUCGGAUGGAAAAGGUUGGGUAGGAGAGCAGGAUGAAUACGCUCUGCAUGGAGGGUGCAUGGUCACCCAGGGCACUAAGUGGGUUGCAAAUAAAUGGAUCAACAUCGACCCGGAUUACCAGCGGCAGGCUCGCUACCAGCAGCUGGUUUCACAGCAGCCAGAGGACGAUGAUGAUGAAGCUCUGACUCUAAACCAGGACACGCAGAGUUCUGAUAUCCAUCAAGACUUGUAGCUCAUAAACCAAAAUGAAAAAGAAAACCUACCUAGCCUUCCUCAGUCAUGUGCACAAAGUCUUUGGCA